UAAAAACAACAAUGUUACACCUAAUUCCCCUCCAAUUUAUUGUCCUCUAGUCUCAUUCUCUCUCUUCCCUUGGGGAUUCUCUCUCUCCUCGCAACUCCAGCUCCGCUCCAUGGAGCUUCGCUGUUCUUGUGGUUUUUGUCUAGGGUUGUUCUUGUGUUCUUGAAAGGACUGGAUUUCUUGUCGGAAAAUUUGGCAGACGAUGAGGUGAAAUUUUGAGUUUUGAAGUGGUAAAUAUUUGACCGAUUUCAGGGCCUAAAAAGGAGGCAAUUUAGGGUUUAGGGGUGAAAAUUGCCGGCGGAUUUGACAAUGCCGGCGCAUAGAUCGAAAUCAGAGAAGCAUGAGCCUGCGAAGCAGCUACGGCGGGACCCUUAUGAGGUCCUUAGCGUUUCUAGGAACUCGACUGAUCAGGAAAUCAAAAGCGCUUACCGCCGAAUGGCGCUCAAGUAUCAUCCUGACAAGAAUGCAAAUGAUCCUCAAGCAUCAGAUAUGUUUAAGGAGGUCACAUUUUCCUAUAACAUCUUGUCAGAUCCAGAUAAAAGGCGUCAGUAUGAUACAGCUGGGUUUGAGGCUGUUGAAGCAGAGAGUCAAGAGUUGGAGCUGGAUCUUUCAAGUUUAGGAGCUGUUAACACCAUGUUUGCUGCCCUUUUCAGUAAACUAGGGGUUCCAAUUAAGACCACUGUGUCAGCUACUGUCUUGGAGGAGGCACUUAAUGGAUCGGUCACUGUUCGUUCUCUUCCACUGGGGCAACCUAUAUCCAGAAAGGUUGAAAAACAAUGUGCCCACUUCUAUGAAGUGACGGUUACUGAAGAGGAAGCUCAAGCUGGAUUUGUUUGCCGAGUGCAGUCAUCUGACAAAAGCAAGUUUAAGUUAUUGUAUUUUGAUAAGGAUGUGAAUGGUGAGGGAAGUGGUGGAUUAAGCCUUGCCUUACAGGAAGACAGUGCAAAAACUGGAAAGGUUACGUCAGCUGGGAUGUAUUUCCUUUGUUUUCCCGUGUAUCGAUUAGAUCAGACAGUUAACUCGGUAACUGCUUCAAAGGAUCCUGAUGCUGCUUUUUUCAAAAAGCUAGAUGGGUUUCAACCAUGCGAGAUAACUGAGUUGAAGGCGGGCACCCACGUGUUUGCUGUUUAUGGUGACAAUUUUUUUAAAAGCGUAAGCUACACUAUAGAAGCACUUUGUGCAGAGCCGUUUAUAGAAGAAAAAGACAAUCUAAGGGCUGUAGAAUCAGAAAUACUAACAAAGAGGGUGGAGCUGUCAAAAUUUGAAGCCGAAUACAGAGAGGUUCUGGCCCAGUUCACCGAAAUGACCAAUAGAUACGCGCAAGAAAUGCAAGAGAUUGAUGACCUUCUCAAGCAAAGGAAUGAGAUACAUGCCUCGUAUACUGCUGCACCUCCAAUCAAACGGAGUUCCAGUAGAAGCAGGAGUAAGGGCACAACCAAGGAGGAGGUUAAAGAAGAUGGUGAAGAGAGAGAAAAGAGAUCAACUUCAAGAGAUCGACCCAAGAAGAAAAAGUGGUAUAACAUUCAUCUAAAAGUUGACAAGAGGAAGCCAUGCUGAUAUCAUGUGAGAGUUUUGAGACCCUUUCUGUUAAAACGAAUUGGACCUUCCCCUUUUUCAUUUAGGCUUAUAGGACGUUGGGGUUUAGUUUAAGUUCCACAGGGAAAGCUCAUUUGUUUGGGGUGAUCUCACAUCCAUGCAGACCUAGUACAAGGUGGAGUUCGAGUCUCAGAGAGACAUUCAGAAGAAAAUGGCGCUUUACUACAGACAACAACUCGUUAUUGUAAAAUUCUUGUAUUUUUUGAUGUCUUUGUUUAUUUUUCCUUGGUAUUCCGCAUCUAUUACACAUGUAAAUCUCGUAAAUUAUUCAUGGGAGGCCCAUACGUUGCCUCAUUUAUUUCUUGUAUUUUUGGGAUAAGGAAAGUGGAGAAAUGUGCCCGUAUGUCUUUAACUCA